GUCAAUUUAAUAUUAUAAACGCAUAUAUUUUUUAAAUUUAUACCUACAUACUUUAUUUUACUACGCCGAAAUAUAUUUUAAUUUAUCUAUAUAGUAUUGAGACAAACUAUUUUUAAUUUAUAUUUGUAGCAUGGGUGACACUGAUUCGAUCAGAUGCGGGGAUCCAAGAAUUGAUUCUGAUGAUCCCAAAGAACGGAAAUUUGCAAGGCGACUAAGAAUAAAAAGGAGGGUUGAACUUCAAAAACGACAAGACCUAUCAAUUGUAGAUAAAACUACUCAUAUCGCUGAAAAGCCAGUAUUUGAUGAAGAAUAUCAAUUGAUCUAUAAACAAAAGCAAAAAAGCGACCAUUAUUUAGAAAGACGUUGUAUAGUAUCAAAAGCCAGUUUAAAUCACAGGAGACAAAUUGCAUUUAAACGAGAAUUAGAUAAGAGGAUCGAUUCUGAUACCAGUAAGAACCAGUUGAUCAAAGAAAUAGAAGAGGAAGCACGACAAGCGCAAAAUAAAUUUGAAGAGAUUGCCGUCAAAUGGUCUCUCAUUAAAAAAUUUAAGGAUCCGUAUAACAUACAAGAAAUGAUAAAUGUUCAAAAAGGGAAAUGUGACGAUAUAAUAAGGCAAAAAGACGCUAUCAUUGCUACGCUAAAAAAUAAAAUCAAGGGAGCAGAAAUAGAAUAUACUAAAGAACAACAAAAGCAAACUGAAGAAGUUAAUGACUUAACUAAAAGAAUACAGAAACAACUAGAUUUAUUAAAAAAAGCUUAUCAAAGACAGAUCAAGAUCAUAUCUCUCACGAUUAAGGGAUUGACAAAAAAAUUCGUUCAAGCGAAAAAUUACAAAUGGGAGGACCUACAUCAAAAUAUGUGCGAUAUGGAAGCUCCCCAAUCAGAAGCACAAUUCCGUGCAUUAGAAGAUUUUCAAGAAAAAAUGAUGAGUAUACACGAAGGUUUUGAAGAGGAUUUCAGAACUCGUAAAUUUGAACUCGUUGGUAUAAUUGAUGCUGCCCGUCAAGAGAUGGAGCAUAUUAAAGUUGCAUCCUUAUAUAAUAGCGAGAAAUUAGACUACAAUUACCAAAUACUAUCUAGAAGGCAGGAUGAGAACAUUUUACUAAAAGGUCAACAAAAGAGAAGAAUAAAUAAACUGCAAGACGUUAUAACUGAAAUGCGCCACAAACUAUCCUCAUACAAGGAAACGACAAAUAAUAACAUUAAAAAAACCACUGAAAUGAUUAGUAAAAUACAUCAGCGGAUUUUGGAGAUUGAAGCAAGGGCUGAUCACAUUUCUAAAGUUAAUGAAAGCAAAUUUAACAAAUUGUGGGAAAUAAAUAAAAAACAUUGUCUGCAAGUUCUAGAGAAAAUAAUGGACAUUGAUAAAGUUCUACAUCAUCAACAGAUGGCUAAGGAAUGGGUUAAGCCAGAACAAAUUUUUUUAGAAUAUAGUUCCAUGGCUAGUUUUAGACGAGCACAUAUAUUGCUGUACGAAAAUCCUCCUACGGAUUCUGAAACAAAAACUCUUGACGAAAGUCUAAUAGAUUUUAAUCUGGCCCCUACUGUUUUUUAUAAAAAUCUACUGAAGAAAAUUCUUGGUGUAUUAUCUGAUAAAGGAGGUUUUCUAACCGAAAGUAGACUUAAAUCGCUGAUAACUCAGUACAAAGAUGAUAAAAGACAUUUGGUUAGAUUGGAUCAUAUAUUUGACGCCUUAGACUUGAAUACUUCGCAUAGAACCCUCGAAGUCAUUCCGUUCUUUUUGCCGUAUUGUUAUUGCUUGUUUUGUGCCCAUCUGAAUACUCCAGAACAUUCACUAGCGGGAACGAUGGUUUCUUCUCUUUCUGUUGGCUUCAAUCAACAACACACUAGUAAAUUAUAUAAUGCGAAUAUUCUACCUUUGGAAGAAGCUAUUAAAAUGACACAAGAAUCAAAGAUAGUUAUAGAAAAUGCUGUUGAGGAGCUAUUACCUGGUGUAGAUUUUUCGGACAUAUCAACAGAAGACGAUAUUUCGAUUGACGGUGUUGAAGCUGAUGAGUCAGACUCUAUAUUAAAACGAAAAUCCAUGAUGGCGAAAAAAAGGAUACAGAUGAAGGACCUUAAAGAUAGAACGGUAUGCCAGUUUCACCACCCUUUAGUUAUCAGUCGCAUAUAUGUGAUAAAAGCUCUGAACGAAUUUAUAGAAUUCUAUCACCAGAAGUCGAAUCCAAUUCCAACCACAGGUGAAAGAUUACAAAAAAGGCGAUACACGAUAUCCCGUCUACUAGAUGAUGAGGAUAUUAGCGAAUACUGGAAAAGAAUUACUUCUGUUUACAGUGAGGAACGUUUUAAAGUGUGGGAUGCUUUACUAAAAGGACUUAAACACUAUCAUGAAAUUUUAAAGGAGAGAAAGGCUAUGGCAAAAGAGGUAGUUGAAUUAAAAAAGAUAAAUGAAAGAUUAUCGAAUCAAUUGGCUAAGUAUCAAGAUCAUCAUGUAUUAUUACCGCCCAUAUUAUGUUCUCUUUCUGUUCGCAAUAAGUAAUUUUUGUUAUAAAUUAAUAAAUGAUUUUAUAAGUAA